AUGUCGAGAAACAUUCCGGAUAAAAUAUUUUCUUUGGAUUCCUUUUCGAUUACACAAUCAACUAAUGAUUUGUUAUCAAAUGAAAUAUGUUGUUUAUUUCGUAUCCCACAUGAAAUUCUACAAAUUAUUACUAAUUUUUUGAAUAUCAGCGAUCUUCAGUCAUUAAGUAAAACUUGUUUAAGUUUUUAUACAUUCUUCAAUGAUAAUAAUUUCUGGAAUUAUCGUAUACAUAAACAAUUCCCGCAAUCUAUUGUGCAAUUUUAUACUUCGGAUAUCUUUAACAAACCUGAAGUUAUUCAAGUUUAUAAUGAAAUUCAACAAACAAAUUUUGCUCAUAGUCGAACAGAGAGCGAAUUUGAUGCUCUUGCUAUUACUUCAGCGACUCAUUAUAAUGAUGAAGCAAUCGAAAGCAGUCAUAGAAAAAUGUAUGUAUCAAAAGAAGAUUUUCUAAAUAAUUUAGAAUAUUAUCAAUAUGAUAAACCGAGUGAUUAUACAAAAAUUCCAUUUAUGAAAUUAAUUUAUUUUUAUUUGAUCGAUCGAAAACGAUGUGCAGUCGUUGAUAUGAAUGUUAUUCAUCGAGAUGAUCAACAUCUUGUUGAAGAAUUUCAGGAAGAUAGUUUAACUGGUCGUAUAAUUCAUUUGAAAAAAGUAUGUUGGUUGGAAAUUAAUGGUCGAUUUGAACAUAAAAUUAUGCCAGGAAAAUAUGAGAUUAGUUGGCGAAUAAAAUGUAAUCCGGGCCAUACUCAAAUAGAUGGAGAGACAGAAUUUAUUGUCGUACCGCAACAUGGAAAAUUAUCAAAUUAUAAAAUAACUCAGAGUGAAUUUGAGAAUCUGAUACUUGAACAUAAAAAUGAUUGGUUUAUAAUCAAAACAGGUCACACAAUCAUAUACGAACCAUCAAUUAUUCUAACGGCAAUACGAAAUUGGAAUAUUGGUCAUUGGAAAUAUGAUAUUCUCUGGGAUUGUGCUGAACUGACAUUGAUACCAUAA